CCCUUUCGUUACGUCACGGUUGACGUCACCACUCAUCGCCCGUCUGUCUAAUCUACAGACGGUAGCCGGCCAUAUAGCCACAGCGUUGUUAAAAUGACUUCUAAUGAAGAUGAAAAUGAGCAAAAUGCGUAUCAAAAUAAAAGAAAAAAAGGUGUGAAGCAACUGAUUUACAAAUGCGAAAAGAUAAAAAAGGCAAGACUUUUGAAUGAAGAAUAUGUCAACUGGAAGGGAAAACAGUUCAACCCAAUGAACAUGGAUUUGAUUGUAGUUGCAAAUGGAAAUGCAUUCCAAGAAAAAUAUCAGCUGUUGUUUCGAUGGAAAUAUACCAAGUUUUUAGACUUUUCAACCAAAAAUGAACAAGAUGCCUACCUAGAGGCUUUAAUCAAGUGUAAGCCAAUUCAAAGAGAACGACAAUCAAAACAAUGAGGCUGGACCAAGCAAGCCAAAACAACAUUCAUUUAAGUACCUACUAUCCACUGCCCAAGGUAUCCUCGAGCUGCGGUGAGGAUUGGGUUCCCGCAGGUUAGGGCAACACUUGCUCGGUGCCGACGGCUAAGAAGUCCUCCCAUACCGAAUUCUUUGCUGGAUUUCAGCAACAUGUUGCAAAAUCCGCGAUGGGAGGAACUUGGCCGCACUCUGGCAAACGUUUUUCAGAGGUGUGAUCGGCCCAGGUGGAAGAUGGAUGGCACGCUGCAGUGUACUUGUCAUCAAGGCUGCUGGCCGGUCUUAUCAAUAUGCGGUGUGUCCACCUUUAUGCCACAUACAAGGUGUUGCAUAUCCAACUGGGAGCACAUCUGGAACUGUUGACUGCGCACGCAGAAUAUUUAAAUCACCUCUUCCCAGUUGCAUUUGUCAUUAUGACCAGAAAAACGCAGAUAGCUUAUGAUGGGGUGCUCCAGUACCUAAAACGGUUGGUGCCACAGUGGGAGCCGGAAGUCGUGAUGGUUGACUUUGAGGCUGCCAUCAGAAAUGCAGCCCGCUUAGUUUGGCCACAUAUCAGAGUGGUGGGUUGUUUCUUCCACUACGCUCAAGCUGUGUAUAGAAUGCACACAACGUUGUGGCUGAGACCUCUUACUGAGGAGAACCUUGAGGCAGGGAAGGCAAUAGACAUGUUAAUGUCAUUGUGCCUACUCCCUGCUGAGAGAGCUCAAGCAGGCUUGGACGUAGUGUGCCACUACGUAAGAACACAUGGCAUAUUUCAACAGUUUAGGCCAAUCUUGAUGUACAUGAGAAACACAUGGAUGCGUUCUGUGGGCCCAAACACCUUUAGCGUGUUUGGCCAGUCCCACAGAACAAAUAAUGCAUUAGAAGGGUUUUACAGCCUUUUGUUGAGGAGGAUGGGCUCUCAACCUUGAGUCUGGGCUUUCAAUGAUGAGCUAAGGAAAAUUGAGUCCUCCCAGUGGUUGGACUACAGGAGAAUUAGCGAUGGGAUUCUCCAUGUAAGACCGACCAGGAGAGCUUACAGGAGGCAGGACAGAGCCAUCCAUGGGCCGUCUGAGCAGCUGAUGCUUGG